CGCGGCGGCGUCAUGGAUGCUCAGAUAAACGCGGGGCUCGAGAGUCGGUCGCAUCGUCGGACUGGAAGCGGAGCUGGUGGGAUUUAUGAGACUCGUCGCUAAAUAGUUCACCCGACCGAAGGCGUGACAGCAUCCACGCGCGCUGCGUCCGCGCGCGCAGAGACUGACGCGUCACAUCGCAGCGGCGAAACAAAGCGUUUGUUUCGCGGAGAGCACUAGUGGAAUCAAAAUGUCAGAUGCAGCUAACGGUACCGGAGCUCGCGGACGCCAGUAGAGCGGUGUUAUUGUUUUUUUUUUUUUUUUUUUUUUACGCUGAGCGGUUUUCCGUUAACGGCGGACGCGGCGUUCAGCUUCACGCGUUUGAUUUGAGAUCCUGCCAAGAGCGAGUAAGUUGCGCGUGGACUCGGAUGGAUAGCAGGUGCACGACCGCAUCACCUAUGAACCGCGAGAGCGCUGUGCUUCUACACUCGCGGUUAUUCACGCUGCACAUUAGUUUCUUAAUAAGAUCGGCUUGUAAAGCGGCAUUUAUUUGAUUGCAUUGCUUUUUCCCCUUCUUUGCAUUGCAGCGCGAUCGCGUGAUGUCGACUGAAUCCUGAAUCGGCGCAGCCGCUCGAACGCAUAUUUAAUUAAUUAAAUCUAAAGUGUCUUACGUUCAUCGCGUUUUCUUUUUUUUUUCCGGCACUGUUUGAUUCCAGACGUGAAAAACUAACGGUCGCUGCCUUGAAUAGAGUUCGUUUAGAUUCAGAGCGCUGCCAAAGUCGUCCAUAACCCAAUGCAACUUUCUGGACGACUUCAAGGCGAAUCCCUCAAAGAAGAUGAAUAGAAAUUCAAGUUGAGGAAAACAAAUCGUUGUGCCACGAUGUGGUCUGAUGAUAAAUACAGCAUUUGUUAAUGCACUGCUUUCGGUGCUAAUAUAAGCAAGUCUAAAAAGCGCCUUGCGCCUCAUCCCAGAGACACGACUGAGCUUCUACAGUAAAGAUUGUUUAUUGGUAAUUAGAUGCGAAACCGCGAUGUUAAAAGUUAGACUGGUCAUUUGAAGCGAAAGCUUUAAAUCCAGAGGAUGAUCCUCUCUGGAGUGGCUGGACUGCUGUCAGAGCGGCUUUCACCAGAUUAACAACCCGCUGCUCUUUUCUUUGCAUGCUUGCCUGCAAUCAAACCGACUGUUCUCCGUCCCCCCACCUGUUUUCGAAAGCCGUUCGGGCUAAACGGGACUUCAAUGAAGUCUGUUCGAAGUCGUGAAGAGCGCCGCGGCUUGUGAGUCGUGUGUGACCUUUCUGUAGGUUUGGCAUAGCGAGAAACCCGUUGUGGAAAUGGCAUUGUCUUCAAAGAGCGAAGCAGCUGACUUUUCUCUGCUGCUGUAAUGCCCCGCCGCCGUACCUUUUCGCCAAACGUGCCAAACCGAGAAGUUGUGUAAAUAUGACUCCUAGACGUAAAGAGUCUUAACUUCCAGCGAAACGAGACCGCUUCCUGAGCGGAGAAGCAGCUGACACUUUCAUUCCGCUGCCGUCCGCGAAGAUGAGAUCGUGAUACCGGGAGUUUAGUUGCGGCAAACCGAACCCGAUGCCGCUGCAAAUAUGACAUUGUGACAUCAGGAGUUCGUUCCCCCAAGCGCCAGACUGAAGUGCGGCCGACGCUCUCUUUUUUUGCCGCUGCCGAUGAUGCUGCAGCUGCGAAAAUGCUGCGAUUCCCUGUGAAGAAAAUACGGAAGCAGUUCAAACUUCUGCUGCUGCUGGUGCUGCUCACUUUCGCCGUGUGGUUUACGUACCUGCACAUCAACCAGGGCAAGUCCAUCAAACUCCACUUCAGCUACGGAAAAGAUGGCGAGAGGCCGAUGGAGGGAACUGACACCAGCCGGAAGAGAGACUCGCGUUCAUCAGACAAGUAUCGCAAAAGUGAAGACACCAGCAACAGCCAGGAGGAGGAAAAUGCACAGGACGACGAGCCCAACGCUGGCUCUCUUCAUGACAAAGAUCAAGCUGAAAUCCGCAAGUUCAUCGCACAGAAGUACAAACGGUUGCCAUGGAAACCCGAGUUCAAAGGUCAAGCGAAUCUCCACGUCUUUGAGGACUGGUGUGGCUCCUCGGUCGCCCAGCUCAGGAAGAACCUGCAUUUUCCUCUCUACCCUCAUACGAGAACUGUUUUGAAAAAGUUGGCCGUGGCUCCAAAAUGGAAGAACUAUGGCCUGAGAAUAUUUGGAUACAUUCUACCAUACAAAGAUGGUGAUUUUCAGUUUGCGGUUUCUUCCGAUGAUAACUCAGAGUUCUGGCUGAGUUCAGAUGAAAGUCCUCUCAACGCCCGUCUGCUGGCCUACGUGGGGAAGCUGGGAUCUGAAUGGACCGCGCCAGGAGAGUUUACCAAGUUCAGGUCUCAGGUGUCCAAGUCUGUGCACCUCAUGGCCUCCAGACGAUACUACUUCGAGAUCCUCCACAAGCAGGACGACAAAGGCUCGGAUCACGUCGAAGUCGGGUGGCGCCCUUUCCUGCCAGGACUCAAGUAUGAGGUCAUCGAUUCCUCCUAUAUCUCCUUGUACACAGACGAGAGCAGUUUGAAGAUGAACCAUGUGGAUCACAUUCCUCAGACGCUGGCCAGCCAUGGGCCUGUCCCAGCAGAGACCCGCACCCGCAGCCAACACGGCGCCGAUAUGCUGCAACCGGACCCCCGCGACACCUUCUUCAACAUUCCCAUGAUUGACCCUUCUCAUCUUGAAAAUGUGUUGCCCGCCUGUCUCUACUCACCGACAUACGUGGUCAAAGACUUCCCUAUCGCUCGCUAUCAAGGCCUACAAUUUGUCUAUCUUUCUUUCGUCUAUCCCAAUGACUUUACCCGCCUCACCCACAUGGAAAGAGAAAACAAGUGCUUCUAUAGAGAGUCGCCCAUCUAUUUGGAGAAGUUUGGCUUUUAUAAAUACAUGAAGAUGGAUGAGGAGGAAGAUGACAGGCCAUUCUUCUUCCCUAAUCCUGAUGAUUUUCUUGAAGAAGAAGAGGGGGUGGAUCCAGAGGAUGAAGCACAAGUUGUUGGCACCCAGUCCGCAAAGAAAACUGUCCAGCCUAGCCAAUUAAGUCGCACCUCAAGCCCCUCUGAUAAACCUGCUGCCACAGUGCUGGAGAAAAGAGAGGUAGAGCCGGACAGCCCAACUUUUAGGAGGGAGCAAAGACGCUUUUUCACGAGAGCAAGGCAAAUGGUUGGGUCUCAACAGCAUGAGGUAGACCAAGACAACCUGGACCAUCAGGCUGAAGUAGAGUUAGCAAAAAGUGAGAGUGUGGUGCGAGGUCGUUCUCUUACUUGGGUUCAAAGAGACCGCCGGGACCUCAGAGAAAGUAGGUCAGAAGAUCGUUCACCAAAAAUAAGCAGAUCAGCUUUGCUUUUCCCGCCGAAGUCCUCAUUGGUGGCCCUCAACAGUCGAGCCAAACAAGUUCUCAUCAGUCCUGCCCACACCAUUCCUUCCCCAGGUAACAACCACGCUCAUGACAACAGCCACAAUCCUGGAACCAGCCACACCAACAAGGAACGUAAGAAGGACGACAACAAAAUCUACGUCACGAGACCUCGCCCUGCUAAAGAGAAGCAAAGUCUCGUUUCACGCCAACCCAGAGAGGUCUUCCCUGGUGUUUUUCUGUACCAGAAUGGCAAAACCACGAAGCUGGUGAACCUUAGUGCCAAACCAAAGCUCAGCAAAGGAGUACUGCGUGCCUCCCAGAUAUUUGCACGGUCUCCUCUGCAAGAGAAUAAGGUCUUUCCAGCGAGCCCUAACUUCAGCAAGCCAGCUCAAAAUCCCAUGCCCUUGAACAGAGCAGCAAUCCCAAGCCGCUUUGAGCGAAGGAUACGAGGGGUCUGGGAAAAACACCAGCACCCCUUGAGGCCCAUCACAACCUCUCGACCACCUCCUGCACCCACCCCUCCAUCCGCUAACUCCUCUGAGAACGUGCUUCCGACCGAGGCUCUCCGUGUCACUUCCUACUUACACACCUCUGAGAUUACGGAGUCCCAACAGCAGCGGCCAGACACGGACCCAGAACCGGAGGAGGACGGAGGCCUUUCGGAGUAUAGCUAUGAGGAUGUGGAGCCUCGUCCUGGGUGGGCGGAGGAGGCCAUUAAUUGGCAGAGGACGUUUUCUGUUAAUAGCAUGGACUUUGAGACAUUGCGCUCUGACUGGAAUGAUCUUCGGUGCAACGUAUCUGGAAACCUGCAGCUAUCUGAAAGCGAAGUGGUGGACGUUCUUGCGCAGUACAUGGAGAAACUCAACGAACGUAAUGGAGGGAUUUACACUCUCCUCCGCAUUAUAAAUGUAGAAAAGCGGCGUGACUCUGCACGCGGUAACCGCUACCUAAUAGAGCUAGAGCUAAUGGAGAGAGGCCGUAAAGUGGUCCGUCUAUCUGAGUACAUCUACAUGCUGUUGCACCGAGGCAGAGUAGAAGACAGUCUGGAGAAUAUGGAAGGAGUCACAGCAUCAUCCCCCUCUUCCCCUGUCGCCAGCCCACCUGCUCCACCCUCCCGUACACCUACCCGCGGAGCCCAUGGCACCCCACAGUGGGGCACAGUGUAUGCCAAACCCCUGCUGUGCCAGCCAGUGAUGCUGCAGUGGAAAAAGAACGUCAUGGUGCAUUUUGUGGUACCAGUGAAGAAUCAGGCACGUUGGGUUCAGCAGUUUAUUUCAGACAUGGAGCUCCUGCACCACGAGACCAAGGACAACAAUUUCAACAUCAUCAUCGUGGACUUCCAGAGUGAAGAUAUGGACGUGGAGCAGGCUCUCAGAGAAAGCUCAGUUCCACGAUAUGAGUAUCUGAAGAGGGAAGGAAACUUUGAGCGCUCCGCUGGGUUACAGAUCGGUGUGGACACCAUCGAGGACAGUCACAGUAUCGUGUUUCUGUGUGACCUGCACAUUCACUUCCCUCUGAACAUCCUGGAGAACAUCAGGAAACACUGUGUGGAGGGAAAGCUGGCCUUCGCUCCGAUCGUCAUGAGACUGGGCUGCGGCAGCUCCCCACGGGAGCCUGACGGUUACUGGGAGGUCAACGGCUUCGGCCUGUUUGGCAUCUACAAGUCAGACUUUGACAAGAUCGGUGGGAUGAACACGGAGGAGUUUAAGGACCGCUGGGGAGGAGAAGACUGGGAACUACUGGACAGAGUUUUGCAGAACGGUCUGGAGGUCGAGCGUUUAAGACUGAGGAACUUCUUUCACUACUAUCACUCUAAAAGAGGCAUGUGGAACUCACAGUCCAGUAAAACCCCGAAAGGAUAAACCUGUACCUCGCUGAGACGCUUCAAACUAACUCGUCACGAGAACGGGGACCUUAAAGGACCAAACCUCCGCGUCUCUGGGACCCUUUGGCGGGAGGACCCCGUGACACUGCCGAGCUGCUGUCCAAACUCAACACUCGAAAGAGACAGAGACUCGUUCCCCCGAGCGUGUAUUUGUGUGUAUCUCCGUCUGUUAGGUUCCCGGAGCCAAACCCGAGUGAUUGCUGAAGAUCUAAAGGAAAUGGAAACUGCUUCAAUUGGACUCCCAAGCUAGCAGCUCGGGCACUUUGGGUCGCGUAAAAUAUGGUUUGCACUUAAGAUAUUACCUGCUGAAAAGGUUUAGAUGUGCGCUGGUACUUUCGACGUCUGCUUUUAUAUAGCUGUAAAUGUCACUUCCUGUUCAGACGUGACGCCUUCUUACACUUGAACUGUAGAAAUGAUCCGAUAUGCGGCGACUCCUUUCUAAAGUCCCGCCCGACUUCUGGACACGACUGGACCAAGAAGGGCCUGCUGAGCUAUCAAAUUCGAAAUACUCGUCUUUGUAUUCGUCUGUAUGUCUGAGCUGCUUCCUUUCCUCGUUUCCGGUUGAUUUCAGAAGACGUUUAGUCUUUGCUGGCUUAGUCACAGGUGCAGAAAAAACCCUUCCAGACUGCUGCUUCGGUCUGGGUUUUAGACUAAACGUCAUCUCAUCGAUGCAGUAUCCGUUUCUACAGAGUUGAACUGUUGGAUAAAGAUGUUCUCCAGAAGCUGUGUGCCUUUCUUUGUGAUGUAAUUUAACAUGGCCGUCCGUACAGGGUUGGGAAGGAGUCCUGAGGUGUAGCUGUCUGGGGUUGUGUCUAAAGUCCCUGAAUAGUGCCGUUUUACGAAGACGAACGAAUGCGUGUUUAGAAAGAAAAUAAGUGUUUUUUUUUUUUUAUCGAAUUUUGGACCCGUCCAAAGUUUGCGCUGUUGUUUAUUCCGCUUUUAAACGAAUUGCUCCAGGUACUUUUCUCUCUUAAAGGCACGGGGGAAAAAAAUAAAAUUCCGCUGCUUUCUCAGUUUGUAAAGACGAACGAAAACUGUUUUACAGUAAAAUACAUAAAACAGAAGUGUAUGGGGCACUAAAUUUAGCGUUAUGGAAAUUCACACAAAGGCGUUAACGCGAUAACGUGAAAAAACCACGAGAAGACUUGUAAGAAUUGCGAAAGAUGCCGGAAACGAAUGUGAUGUAACUACUGUUUACCUAAAGAAAAUCCACCUUUAUCGGUAUCCAUCCGCCUUAAAAUGUAGUCCCGUAGAUUUGCAUAUUUUUACGGGAAAAUUCUUAAAAAACAAAACAAAAGCUGUAGUUUCAGCUAUUGCGUAAUAUCUUGCUCCGUAGACUUCUAUUGUAAGUGAGUUACUGUAAAGGCGAUUUUUACAAACUUGAGUUGAAAGGCGUUUUGUUUGACUACAUGUAUUUGACGAACACAGUGUUUUACACGGACACGGGCAGCUUGAGUGUACGAAGUCACGUAUCAUUAUGUCACUGUAACCUACAAGCAUCUGUACCGUACAAACGACCAUGUUUACAAGCUGCCAUAAACUUUUGAUGUGUUUUUAUUCCAUAUCAGAAAUACAGAGAGAUAUAAAGUCCAACCUAUGCGUAAAACGUCACUUUUUAAAAAGAGUAGCCUAAAUUGAGAUGUUUCUUUCUUUCUGUUCCUUCUCCUGGUUCGAUGUACUUUUCUGGCUGCCUAUUUAAAACAAACGUAGACCGGACGCUAAUACAUUACGCCUAAUACAGGGAUCUGCAUUACAAGGUAAUUUCUGUGAAAUUGUUGUGUAGAAAUUUUUCAGAAUGUUUGCAUUUUAUUUUAACAUUUCUGGGUUCGUUUUUUUCUGAAAAAUAAAGUUUAAAGUUGAAGCA